UAUUUCAUGAGUCUGACUUGAUGUCGCUCCAGUGAGCAGCGUGUGUUAAAAGCCUCCCCGGUUCUGUUCCUGGUCUAGAGGACAUAAACACAAGACUCUCACAAGACUGUCUUCUGUGCUCGCUGGUUGCGCAUAUUUAAAGACAUUUAACGCCCAGACGUAAACGGAACUCAUAACAAAAUAGAAGAUACAGACACAAACACAAGAAGGAUGGAGGGUUCUCCAUCCAAGCCGUCGGUGGCUGAGCUGGCCGGCAGGUUGAAAGGUCAUAUUCUACCACUGCCCUGCCCGCAUGGCAAGACAAAGACAGUCUCCAACAGUCCUUUUAAAGUCGGGAUGAGGAGCUCAUCCAUCAUGGAGAGACUUCAGGCCAACCUGGCUUUGUCACCCACCACCUUGCUGCCUUCACCCAAGAGCGCCGCAGAUGUCAACCAACAGCCUGACUCGCCAUCGCCAUCCUCCACCACGAGCCCCACCUGGGGCACCCUGAGCCCCACCCUGCAGCCCGUGCAGGUGUCCAUCCAGGAGGAGGAGCCUGUCAACUUCCACAGCCCCCCCGAAGGCGCCCCGCUGCCCAGCUUCAACAAGACUCGAGCACGGCUGUCAUUCAAGAGGCGCCCGCCCACGAGACAACACAGGAGGUCUGCCGGAGAGGAGGCGGGCCUACUUGGCAGCGACCUGUCGCCAUGUGAACUGCAACCGCCCGAAGCCAAUGGGCACCGCAUUUUUGAGUGCACGCAGGAGGAGGAGCAGGAUGAGCACCAUCAGAUGGUUCAAGAAGGCGAGGAAGAAGAAGAGGAGGAGGAGGAGGUGGACUGUGAGGAGCGAGCAAAUACCCUCCCAGAGGAUGAGGUGGAGGUUCCGGGGGAAGAAGAGCGGCCUUCGGAGUUGGACCCCACGGAGAACAACUUCUACAUCAGCGAGGGGGAACCCAAUGUGCUGCACUGAUCGUCUGUCAGGAAGUUGAACUAUGAAUAUGAACAAAAAAGACACACAUACAGUAUUUUCAAUAUUUUAACUGCUUCUUAACAAGUGCAGAAUGUCCUGCAAAGCCUGCUCUGUCGCCCUCUGCUGGCCAUUUAUCGACUAUUCAUAAAUAAACAGUGCUGAUGGAA